GGUGUGGCGGUGGACAUUGUGUGCACAGCUCCGAUACAACACUAACAAUGAAGUCCAUGAUUAUUGUCGCCGUUUUGGCCUUCCUGGCGGUCGCCAGCGCCAAGCCUUUCCUCGGCGAAUUAGGAGCUGGACUUGGUGAAGUAGGAGCUGGCCUGGGCGCCGGCCUUGGUAACAUCGGAGCUGGACUUGGUGCCGGGAUUGGAGCCGGACUUGAAGGUCUCGGUGCUGGCCUUGGGCUCGGUGGACGUGGCGGUCGGGGCGGUCUGGGUCUAGGAGGCUUGCUAUAACAACUUCAUCGAUAGAUCCCAGUUCCCAGUCUUCCACAAAUAAAUGUUUUGAUUGGAAAA